AUGCCUGCUGCCGACAUGGCAUCCGUGCCUGCGACCUCUAGCAAGGAGACGAAGGAGUCGAUCGCUCUUCUAGACGAACUCCUUAAGAACCUGUCUCUUGCUAAGACCGCUGAUGAAGCCAAAUCAGCAGGAACAAACGUGGCGAACCUACUCAAUGGUCCAAUAGAAGAGCAGGCUGUUCCACAACGUAUGCUGGAUACUUUCAAGAAACAGCUAUCCAACAAGAAAGAUGCCAAUGCCCGAGAGCGAGCCCUCGACGGCAUUCGAUCGAUCUCCGAGCACUCCACGGUCUCUCCUGCUGUCGAGCCAUAUCUCGUCGAACUCCUCCCUCUGACUCUUGCUGCCAUUGGCGACAAGAUGACACCAGUCAAGAAUGCCGCGCAGGCCGCGUCACUCGCUAUCGUAAAGGCCAUAAAUCCCAAUGCCGUCAAGUCUACAGUUCCACAUCUCUGCAAGUCGAUAGAAACUGCUCAGAAGUGGCAAGAAAAGUAUACUGCCUUGGAAUGCAUCGAGUCCAUGGUUGCUUCUGCACCAACACAGCUCACUCGUCAAGUGGCUACCCUGCUUCCUACAAUCUCUGCGGCCAUGUGGGACACAAAGCCAGAAGUCAAGAAGAAGGCAUACGCCUCAAUGGAGCAGCUUUGCAAGCUCAUUGAGAACAAGGAUAUCGAGAAGUUCAUCCCAGAACUGAUCAAGUGUAUCGCCAAGCCAGAGAAUGUCCCUGAGACUGUCCAUUUGCUUGGUGCCACCACUUUCGUCACAGAUGUCCACGAGCCUACCCUGGCUAUCAUGGUUCCUCUGCUUGAGCGAGGUUUGCCAGAGCGUGAGACUGCCAUCAAGCGCAAGUCUGCUGUCAUUGUCGACAACAUGUGCAAGCUCGUCGAAGACCCAAACAUUGUCGCUGCCUUCUUGCCAAAACUCAUGCCAGCCCUGAAGAAGAACGAGGAGACAAUCGCUGAUCCCGAAGCUCGAGAGAAGACAAAGCAAGCUCUCGAGACCCUACGCAGAGUCGGUAAUGUCGGUCCAAAUGACAAGAUCCCUGAGAAGUCGACCGCCAGCGAGAUCUCCACUGUUGCUGCCCAUCUCAAGUCGAUCCUCGAGCAGAACCACAAGGGCAAGAUUGCUUCCGCAGACACAGUCAUUACAUAUGUCUCUGCCAUCGCUGGUCAAUUGAUCGAGGAGAAGGCGAACGAUGCUGCCGACUGGUCAACUAAUGUUAUCGAAUACCUCAAGCCUCUUGUUGGUGAGACCGACGCACCAUCUGUUUGCGAUCAGCUUCGCAAAAAGGCCACUCCUGGCUUGGUCGAAGAAGAAGUACCAGAGCCAGACGAGGAGGAAGGUGUAGAUCUUUGCAACUGCACUUUCAACUUGGCCUACGGCGCUAAGAUUCUGCUGAACCAGACUCACUUGCGUCUAAAGCGUGGUCAACGCUACGGUCUGUUGGGUCCCAAUGGAUCUGGCAAGACCACUCUUAUGCGUGCCAUCAACAACGAACAAGUCGAGGGCUUCCCCAAACAGAGCGAAGUCAAGACUGUGUUCGUCGAGCACGAUCUGGAUGCCGCUGACACCGAGUUGACUGUCAUGGAAUGGACCCAGAUGAAGCUGAAACAGGCCGACCUAGAAAUCAACCGUGAGGAGAUUGAAAGACAACUUAUCGAGUUCGGUUUCCUGAAGGAACAGCUCGAUGGGCCUAUCACUGCGCUCUCUGGUGGUUGGAAGAUGAAGCUGGCUCUUGCUCGUGCUGUCUUUGAGAAUCCCGAUAUUUUGCUUCUUGACGAGCCUACCAAUCACUUGGAUGUCAAAAAUGUUGCUUGGCUUGAGAAUUACCUAAAGAACUCUCCUUGCACCUCGAUCAUCAUUUCGCACGACUCGAAGUUCCUCAACAACGUUAUUCAGCACGUCAUUCACUACGAGCGCUUCAAGCUCAAGCGUUACAGAGAGUUCGCCAAGCGAAACCCAGCUGCUCGAUCAUACUUCGAGUUGGGUGCUCAAGAGCUCAGCUUCAAGUUCCCUGAACCUGGUUUCCUUGAGGGUGUCAAGACAAAGGCUAAGGCCAUCGUUCGUGUCAACAAAAUGUCGUUCCAGUAUCCAGGAUCAUCCAAGCCACAGUUGACCGACAUUACCUUCCAGGUUUCGCUGGGUUCUCGUAUCGCUGUCAUCGGACCUAAUGGUGCAGGCAAGUCCACACUUGUGAACGUGCUGACUGGUGAGCUCAUCCCAACCGGUGGUGAGGUUUACCAGCACGAGAACAUCCGUAUCGCCUACAUUAAACAGCACGCUUUUGCUCACAUUGAUCACUUCUUGGACAAGACUCCAUCGGAGUACAUCCAAUGGCGUUUCCAGACUGGCGAGGACCGAGAAACAAUGGACCGAGCGAACAAGAUUGUCACAGAAGACGACGAGAAGGCCAUGGACAAGAUCUAUAAGAUCGAAGGCUCUCAGCGUCGUGUCAUUGGUAUUCACUCUCGAAGAAAGUUCAAGAACUCGUACGAGUACGAGUGCUCCUUCGCUCUCGGUGAGAACGUUGGUCAGAAGAACGAGAAGUGGACACCUAUGAUGACUGCCGACAAUGCCUGGAUCCCUCGAAGUGAGAUCAUGGCAUCCCACACCAAGAUGGUUGCCGAAGUUGAUCAGAAGGAGGCUCUCGCCUCUGGCCAGUUUCGACCACUUGUUCGAAAGGAGAUUGAAGCUCACGGAGCCAACUUCGGCCUUGACGCUGAAUUGAUCUCCCACUCUCGUAUGCGAGGUCUGUCAGGUGGUCAGCGUGUCAAGGUCGUUCUCGCCGCUUGCACGUGGCAGCGACCUCACUUGAUCGUCCUUGAUGAGCCUACCAACUAUCUCGACAGAGACUCGCUUGGUGCUCUUUCCAACGCUCUGAAGGAGUUCGAAGGUGGUGUCGUCAUCAUCUCCCACAACGCCGAAUUCACUGAGUCUCUGACCAGCGAGGUCUGGGCAGUCAUGGAUGGCAAGAUGACACCUUCCGGCCACAACUGGGUGCAAGGUCAGGGUGCCGGUCCUCGUCUCGGUCCUAAGGACGGUGAUGAGGAGGAAGACAAAUUUGAUGCCAUGGGUAACAAGAUUGAAGGUACCAAGAAGGCCAAGAAGCUGACUUCAUCGGAACUGCGAAAGAAGAAGAAGGAGCGUAUGGCGAGGCGCAAGAGAGGCGAGGAAGUCUUCUCGGAUGAGGAUGACUAG